AUUAUCAUCUUCAUUACUGUUGUUCAAAGACAACUGAAGUCGAAUCCAGAAUGGAGCCAGAGGAAGCCGGAAAGCUGAUGGAAGAAGGCCGUUGUGUCCACUGCAAGAAACGGUCAUUUCACACCUUUCUCACCUGUAGUCUCUGCAAAGAAUACCAAUAUUGUUCCAUUGAGUGUUUGGAGUCGGACAGAAAAGAGCAUAAGACGGUAUGUGAUGUUAUUGGAAUAAAGAAAGGUCUCCGAGUGUGUUUUGAUUCAGAUAUAACAAGAACCAUCGAAGAACUUAGGUCCAGAUCACGACUGUUAGACGAUGAUGGGGUUGAGGUGUCUCGACAAGUUACAAAAACCUUGGAUCAGUCAGGUAACGCUGACGAGGAAGAAAACACUAGGAUGCAUCAUCAUGCGGCCGCACGAGAAGGUCGAAAUCGCAGAGGAAAUCCCACAUCGCUGGUAAAUGACGUGAAACUUGGACACGGUCGAUUCGGCGGUCGGAUACGGGUUAAUGAGAGUUUCCAGCGAGGCAAAAAGUUUGGAGACGGAUGGUGGUCGCCUCGGGUGAGCCCUGAAAAAAGCAAAAGAGCCGAAGGUAGUCAUUUUCAGGUUUCCCAAACACCGCCGUCUGCGUUCCAGAAGUCACAGUCUGCGUCUGCUUUUGCUGGGUCAAGAGACGGGAAGCCGGAUGUGAGACCCAAGACUUCCGUUGGGGCAAGGGGAGACCAGCAGAGGUUGAAAAAGGAGUCGACAACAAAGGGAGAUAAGACUUCGAAGUACAAUUACAGGUCUUCAAAAGAUGAAAAGGAUUCUAACUCUGACGAAGAUUCCAAAGGCCACGGUGAGCCUGACAAAACCCUAAGAAUUUCGCAGUCACACAAAGAAAGAUCGUCAGACAAGACUCGCUCCGAUCAGUUAGAAGAAGUCGAGAAGGGUCAAGGGAAUGAGAUUGUUUCAUCUGACUCGGAAAAGGCGAGCAAAGCUAAAGAACAAGCAAGUUCCCAAAAAACUAAGGACAAAAAGUCUGAUGUGUGCGCCUGCUGCAAAAAGAGCAGCGGGUCUUUGUUGACCUGCUCACGGUGUGGCGAAGUGAAAUACUGCAAUAAAACUUGCCAAAAGUUGCAUUUUAAGGAUCAUAAGGAAGGAUGCAAGAGAGCUAAGAGUUUCAGGGAUGCACUUCACAAGUUGUCACUUUCCGGAUUCUUGAGAAGGAUGGAUAUAUAUUCCCUGAACAAAACCUUCGCUUAUAACCAGAGUAAUAUGUUCUUAGAACUCGUGGGCGAUGUACCGAUUCCAUUGUUAUUAGAAGUUGUUGGUCCUUACUUUCAUCCCUUCAGGCAUGGUGCAGUAGUUCAGGAUGGAGAUGGCGUAAAAAGCUUUGUGCUUUUCUACACGAGCACCAACAUCUACUUUCAUAUGGGAGUAACACUGUUCGCCAAUUUUCCAAUACCAGUUCCAUUAUCUAAAUGUCUCGCCCCAGGCAACUUUAUUCUUCUCCUUGAACCUUUCCCCCACCACUUUCUGGAUGGCACUGUCGGAUUCCGGAUUGAUGAUAUGGACUCUGUCCAUUUUCUUUUUAUGAAUUAAACAUAAACACUUAAACUGUCCAUUUUAUCAGUAUUGCAUUAAACAUAGACACCUAAA